AAAAAUAACAUGUCUUCAAAAUUUUUGGCAGAAUUAUCUAGCGACUACGAAAAACUUUUUGAAACUGAAAUUGGAUAUGAUGUUAUUAUUCAUGCUGGAGAAGGACAAAAUUCGAAGGAAAUUCAUGCUCAUUCAAAUAUUUUGUGUAUUAGGUCUCAAUAUUUCCGUUCUGCAUUUUCUAAUGAAUGGGCUGAGAAAAGAGAUGGAAAAUUUAUUUUUAAAAAACCAAAUAUUUCACCUCAAUUAUUUAAUAUUAUUCUUAGGUUCAUUUAUUGUGGAAAUAUUGAAUUGAAAAAUUUACAAGGUCCUGAUGUAUUGGAGUUGUUGAUAGCUGUGGAUGAGCUAAAUAUCAAUUCGUUAGUUUCCCACAUUCAAGAAUUUUUGAUUGAACAUAAAACUGAAUUUUUACAACAAAAUCCAACUGGAAUUCUUGAAACAAUUUAUCAACAUGAAACAUUUACGGAUUUAUGGAAUUUUUGUCUUGAAAAAAUUUGUGAAGAACCUAAAAUUUUAUUCAGCUCUGAUAAAUUUAUUAAUUUAAAAGCUCCUUUAUUAGAAUUAUUACUAAAAAGAGAUGACUUAUAUAUGGAUGAAAUUGAAAUUUGGGAGAAUUUAUUAAAAUGGUGUUUUGCUCAACAAAAUAUUAAGGUUGAUUCAACAAAAUGGAGUAAAGAAGAUAUUAUUAGAGUUGAAAGAGAAUUAUACAGAUUUAUUCCUUUAAUUCGAUUUUAUGAUAUUGAACCUGCAGAUUUCUUUUACAAAGUUUAUUGCUACAAAGACGUCUUACCGCAAGAUUUAAUUCAUGAUCUUUUGGAAUACCACAUUGUUCCUAACAUAAAACCUAAAACUAAUUUACCACCUUCAAGAAAACCAAAUUUAAAGUAUCAUCUUGAUUCAACCUUGAUUGAAUCAAAACAUAUUCCUAUUUUUGCUUCAUGGGUUGAGAGAAAAAAUUCUUCACAUUAUAAUAUGAAAAAUAUUCCAUAUGAUUUGAAAUUAUUAUAUCGUUCAGAUCGGGAUGGAACUGACACUAAAACUUUUCAUAUAAAUUGUGACAAUAAAGGAGCUACUAUUUGGGUAGCAAAAAUUAAAGAUUCUACACAAAUAAUUGGAGGGUAUAAUCCACUUGAUUGGGAUGAAGUUUCAUAUUGGAAAACUACAGGAGAUAGCUUUAUUUUUAAUUUUACUGAUGGAAAAAAUAUAUCUACUUCAAAAGUAAGCUAUGUUAAUAAUCGGGAGUAUGCUGUUUUUUGUCAUGAUACUUAUGGACCAACCAUGGGCAAUUUGCACUGCAACCUGAAUGGUUGGUCUAAUGUUAAUCGGGGUGAUGGAGAUCGUUAUCCUAAUAUAGGAAUUCCAGAAAAUAAUUUCAAAGUAGAAUAUUAUGAAGUAUUUCAAGUAAUUAAUAAAUAAAAAUCAAAUGUAGAAAAUUCAUUAAUG